CAUAUAUAUAUAUAAUAUUCAGCAAAUAUUUUAGAACGUAGUGAUUGCCGAAGGAGGAGCAGGCAUGAAGCCGAAAAUGCAGCUGUUGGUGUUUGCAUGGCGGUACACACACGCAGGACUCAAAGCUAAAUGUGAAGAGACAAGCAAUUGUUCGAACUUCGAACUGACUGGCGCCUCUUUUAAGCUUGAUAGCGAAGUAAGCCGACCUACUUUGAGAGCUUUUUUAUAACAAGACAUUGACUUUUUGCAGCAUUUGGUGCACCGAUUGAUAAGAUUCAUUAAUAUUGUAAGUGUUUGCAGACAUAAUUUGAUGUAAGUAAGAGCUUUAUACACUAAGUGAACUUUCAGCCCACUCUUUUUAAUCACACAUAGAGAGUGGUAUAUUUAUUGUGUAUCUUCUUUAUUUCCAGCAUCUGGGUUUGUAGUCCUAAAUGCUGUUGCGAAUGGUGCGGCUGCAUGCUAUAAUUGCUGCAUGCAGCUCCUGCCUCUUCCACGUUCGAUCACCAUGCAUCACGCAAUUUUCAGCACGGAAAGUCAAAAGUAGGCAUAUGGGGGAAAGGAGCUCCAGCAUUUUAAAACUGAAAAGGGGAAAGAAAAUAUACUACAAGGACCGUUAUCAGCGACAAGGUUGUUCCGUAGAUAUGAACAUCUACAGACGCCUGUACGUCCUUUCUCAUCCUUUUUGUAUACCGGUUACCCUCACUAUUGGUGAGCUGCAGGUGCCUAUGCCAGUUGGCUCUGGGCGAGAAGUGGUGUUGCAGCCGCAUCGCUUUAUAACGUUUUGUAAAAGUAAGUAUUCUACACUGGACAACUCCUUUUACUCCAGUGGUGACACCGGAAGAAAGGCGAUUGCGAUGACGCAUCGGUCGGCUGAAACAACUGACCCGGUUAGGCUCGAUGAUGGGGGUGGGAUUUUCUGAUCUUUCUUGUCAUUGGUUAAUAUUUUAUUCUGUUGACAUGUUUUCUUACUAGUAAUGCUUCCGACACCUCCUUGUCUCCACUCUUCUCGUCGUCUGACCAGAGCCUUUUAAGCCACGCCUUUAGAGGCCCACAAUUGGUCCAGAAAGCGUAAAAUCAGCAAUCAUAGGGGCUUGGUUCAUUCGAGUGGGGUUGAGACGAGUGAUAUGUGAGAUAGUCACAACUCCACAGUGAACGGGGACACGUCUCUCCUGUCAGUGUGGGAUGACCGGACCGGAGAACAGGAACACUUCUCUUCAUUCAAAAAGAAACUGGGAGACUCAGACUGGGAUGUGUUUACGCUGCUCGGAUCAGACUCCAAGGACCUGGCGUGACUCAAAGAGGAAAUCGAGUCGAUAAACUUCGGAUUAUUAUAUUAUUAUUAUUUUGUUUUUGUAAUAUGCAGUGAAAAGGCAGAAUUGGUCAAUGUGUAAAUAGAGCUCUGUUUUCCCCGACAACCCCCCACCCCCACCCUCUUUUUUUCUUUUAAUAUAUAUAUUUAAGAAUUCUCUUGAUGCACCGAUGAGAGAUCCAGUUUUCACAGGGACUGCAAUGGCUUAUCAUCCUUUUCACGCGCACCGGACGUCCGACUUCCCCAUGUCUGCCUUUUUAGCGGCCGCUCAGCCUUCCUUCUUCCCGGCGCUAACCCUUCCCCCUGGACCACUCACCAAGUCGAUCCCAGAACACAGUUUAGCUGGGGCGGAAACGGGACUUCACCCAGUGAUCAGCCACCACCAGGCGGCUCAACUCCGCAGCAUCAAAAGCCUGGAGCCCGAAGAGGAAGUAGAUGAUGAUCCCAAAGUUACGCUGGAAGCCAAAGAUCUUUGGGACCAGUUUCAUAAACUCGGCACAGAAAUGGUUAUUACCAAGUCCGGAAGGAGGAUGUUUCCACCGUUCAAAGUACGAAUAAAUGGACUUGAUAAAAAAGCUAAAUAUAUUUUGCUAAUGGACAUCGUGGCAGCGGAUGAUUGCCGCUACAAGUUCCACAACUCCCGCUGGAUGGUCGCGGGCAAGGCCGAUCCCGAGAUGCCCAAGAGAAUGUACAUCCACCCUGACAGUCCAGCCACUGGCGAGCAGUGGAUGGCAAAGCCUGUUGCAUUCCAUAAACUCAAGCUUACCAAUAACAUAUCAGAUAAACACGGAUUUACCAUUCUUAAUUCAAUGCACAAGUACCAGCCCAGGUUCCACAUCGUCCGGGCCAACGACAUAUUGAAGCUCCCUUAUAGCACAUUUAGGACCUAUGUCUUUCCGGAGACUGAGUUUGUGGCUGUGACAGCUUAUCAGAACGACAAGAUAACACAACUUAAGAUUGACAAUAAUCCGUUUGCAAAAGGGUUUAGAGACACUGGGAACGGAAGAAGGGAGAAAAGGAAGCAACUAACUAUGCCAUCGCUGCGAAUGUUUGAGGACCAGGGCAGGGAUGGCGUGGACUCAGAAGCUUCGAGUGAAACUCCGACUGCUCGAGACGCCGUUCACUCCCCGCUGGGAGCCGAUACAAGUCCGCUGGAGUUCAACAGGGCGAGUCUAGAUGAGAAAACAUGCACUGACAGUGAGCAGGAGUUUGACAAUCACGGUGAGCGCUGCACAAGCUCCAACAGCCUGGGGACUGAACCCAUGUCCCCCUAUAGCUCUCGGUUUGAGGAGAGGAGUAGGGAAAGACCUGAUAUGGAGAAGAAGGAUGACUCCACUUUCAGUAUCAGGAGCCAGGAUAAGGAUAAAGCAGGAAACAGGAAUCGGAAGGACACUGCAAAAAUGUUGAUGAAGGACCCUGAAGCCGGGAGCAUCAGUGCUGUCAAGGACACCUUCUCCCCACUAAUGGUCCAAACAGAAAGCCCUUCACACUUCAACCCAAGUCAUUUACAAAGCCUGGCACUGUCUGGUCUACACAGCCAGCAGUUCUUUAACCCUCUAAACAACGGAUCGCCACUUUUAUUUCAUCCAGGGCAGUUUGCCAUGACCCCUGGAGCCCUUUCUGCUAUGGGAAUGGGGCAUUUAUUGGCCUCUGUAUCUGGAGCGAGUGCUUUGGAAAAUAGCAACCUCUCUCCACACGGAACAGGAGGAUCCCCCAAUGCAUUCCCCUUCCAUUUCUCCCAGCAUAUGCUUGCUUCUCAGGGCAUACCCAUGCCUCAGUUUGGGGGGCUUUUUCCUUAUCCCUACACCUACAUGGCAGCAGCUGCAGCGGCAGCCUCAGCGCUCCCGGCAAGCAGCACGUCCAGCCCGCUCUGCAGAAACCCUUUCCUUGCCACAUCUCGACCACGGCUUCGCUUCAACCCCUACCAACUCCCGAUAUCUAUGUCUCAGAGCUCUAGCCUGCUCACGACCAACCUGCAAUGUAGCCUUAACUCAGGCUCGGAAUCAUCCAAAGCAUGCAGUAGGGAGACCAGUCCAGCCCUAGAACAUCACAGCUACAACAAGAAUGAAGGAUCCUGCGAAAGCGACACAUCCCCUAAAACAAAAGACUCUCCGAAUGAACUACAGAAUAUUCAGAGACUCGUGAGUGGCCUGGAGGGCCAGAGGGCACCGUCCCCAUCAGAAGAUUCGACGAAGUGAUAUGAGACUUGGUUUGAGAUGUUUUUCGGACUCUUCUGUUAUUUGCCGCACAAUACAAAAUAUUUAAGAAAAAUAAAUAUUAUUAUAAAAAUAGGGUCGUGGUUUGGUAGUUUCAGGUUAUUUAUGACUAAUAAUUGUUUUGGGAACAAUUCUACAAUUCGCACGAAUCCUAACCACAUGCCUCUGGUCUAGAAAAUGAAUGCAAAUACCAAAUCAAAUCCUCUCAAUUUCCAGCUCCAGACUGAAUCGUUGACUAAAAGAUAAUAUUUGGGGUUGGAUUUGGUUAAAUGGCCUCAUACUGAACGAAAACAAACAAACAAACAAACAAAAAAAAUAUAUAUAUAUAUACACUUGCUAGACUAUCCAGUUUGAAGCCACCAUCUUUUUAAGUGCAUUCAAAGGGGAAUUUGUAUUCAAAAGAAAAUGCGUUUGUGGUUUAUUUAUGUAAUCUAAUACUAAAUCAAUACAAAUCUGUAAAUACAGUGCUUAGGAUCAAAUAAUAUGUCAUUGGUAUUAAUUUAUUCAAGUCUGUAUACUAGUAUGUAUAUAUUUAAAAUUUAACACUUUGCUUUGUAACUCCAACCCAUUACAAGAAGCCUGUUUUGCAAUGUCUUUUGAAAAUCGUUGAUGAUUUGUGCCAUAUUUGAUCUACAGUUGCAGCGAUAUUUUUAGAGAAAAAGAAGAUACAUUCUUAAAACAUCUCAGGUUAAUUACCCCUGACAAGGUGACGAUCAAAACAUUUCCUUAUGUAAGGGUGCAUUGUUCCUAUCAAUUAAUUGACAUAUUUAAACAGUAAAUGUUUCUUACUCAUCCAGGUUGUCUUCUCUUUUUAUUUUGAUUGUCUCACAAUUUUC